CGUAUUUAGUGUGAUCGACGUGAGACGACCGAAGAGGUAUCGGAAUCAAUCCUGAGCUUCAGCGUUUACGUAGUUUUCGAGACACGCAAAACUAGUACUUGUGUGAUUGUAGAACAUGGUGCGCUACGCUACUGAACCAGAAAACCCAACGAAAAGCUGCAAGACCCGCGGAUCAUACCUAAGAGUCCACUUCAAGAACACGAGAGAGACUGCCCAAGCCAUCAAAGGAAUGCACAUUCGUCGUGCCACUCGCUAUUUGAAAGAAGUAUUGAAGAAAAAACAAAUCGUGCCGUUCAGGAGAUUCAAUGGCGGAGUCGGACGGAAAGCCCAGGUAAAGAACCACAACUGGACGCAAGGACGCUGGCCGAAGAAGAGUGCACAGUUUCUGUUAGACCUGCUGAAAAACGCCGAGUCGAAUGCUGAAGUAAAGGGUCUGGAACCGAAUGCGCUGGUUAUUGACCACAUUCAAGUGAAUGCUGCACCUAAGAUGAGACGUCGAACUUACAGAGCCCAUGGAAGGAUAAAUCCAUAUAUGUCAUCUCCUUGUCACAUCGAGAUGAUACUGACAGAACAUGAAGAUGUCGUACCAAAAGGUGAAGACGAUGUCGGACAGAAGAAGAAAUUAUCGAAGAAGAAGCUCGCUCGCCAGAAGCGCGAACAACGAGACUAAAUAUAUAUACACCUACGAUUUCUGUUUGACAAUAAAUAUUGUUAAAACCAA